AUGUCACCUGUAAAUUCGCCAAUCGACCUGCCGGUGUGGUGGAGGGGGUCGGAACUGCUGGCUAUCUGCCACGCAGGGGCCGCCGUCUUGCUUCUCGCAGCCGUGUUGGCGAGGUAUGCGCGGGGUCGACGCCAGCAGGCUGAGGUUGAGGAUGGCCAUGACAUCGAGGAGGGUUUGCAGGUCGGCUCGGGCGGCAUGGCAGAGGGUGUGCAGCAGGCGAACUCGGGCAACUUCUUCCGCUCUCCGCCUGGCUUGUGCCACCCCAGCCAGGUGGACGGCCCUCAACCCGGCCUCCUGACCUUGGAGCAGGUGUCGCUGUACCGGCAUGCUCUCGCGGCGGCCGCUUUCGGCGUACCAGGGGACAUGCAGCAGGAAGACGACACCUUGCCGCCCGGCCUAUGCCUCCCGAACCAGGUGGAAUGCCAGCCCGUCUCGCCGUUGCAGGUGGGCUCUGGCGUGGCACAGGGUGUGCAGCAGGCGAACUCGGGCAACUUCUUCCGCUCCCCGCCUGGCUUGUGCCACCCCAGCCAGGUGGACAGCCCUCAACCGGGCCUCCCGACCUUGGAGCAGGUGGCACUUCAUCGGCGUGCUCUUGCGUUGGGCGGGUUCAGCGUACCACAGGACGUGCGCCAGGUCACCGACAACUUGCACUUGCCGCCUGGCUUGUGCCUUCCAAGCCAGGUGGAAUCCCAGCCCCCAUCGCCGCAGGUGGGCUCUGGAAGCAUGGCGCAGGGCGUGCAGCAGGCGAACUCGGGCAGUCUGCGCUCUCCCCCUGGCCUUUGCCGCCCAAACCAGGUGGACAGCUCCCAGCCGGCCCUCCCGACCUUGGAGCAGGAGUGGCAGCCGACAUCGCCGGUAUGGCGACGCCCGAACGAGCCGACUUCGCCCAUCAGACUCUGGCGGGAGCAGGCCUGGCAUUUCGAAGACCGCGAGGGCCGUCUGGAAAAUGACGGACAGACGUUCCAGGCAAGAGAUCUCUGGGACUGGAAGAACCCAGUCACCAGCUAUGCCCUGGAGAUCCGCAAUUUCAAGAAAGUUAUCGAGAAGAUUAAAGAAGGCGGAGAGGGCAUGUCAAUGGCGUCUUCGUAUGCGUCCGGUGCUUCGUCGCCGGCCUCCUCUACAGCGUCUAGUUGA